AUGGGGUGGACUGUUCGUCUGGCCCUGUCGGCCGCCAUCGUCACCACCGUCUUGGCCACGUGUCCCUCCUUCAGGUGGAAGCAGUUCCGGGACAUGUGCUACUGGAGGUCCUUCUACUCCAAGAUUACAUGGUAUGACGCCGGACAGGUAUGCCGAAAUAUGUCUGGAGAGCUGGCCUCCAUACACGAUGCUGGACUGGACACCUUCCUCACCAAAGAACUGCUCAAAGGUCAAGCGGCCUGGGUGGGCCUUCGACGGGAGAACUCGUCAUCCGACUGGGUCUGGACGGACGGAUCGGCAUACAACUACAGUCGCUGGUUCAUGGAUUAUUCAGAUUGUGGCGACAGGUACCCCUGCUGUGCCGCCAUCAACUACGGAAGUGACGGUGAAUGGACGCCUUCUGAUUGUAUUGAUGGUGAUAUACCGUUUUUGUGUCAGAUGGAGGCGUCAUAA